UGCACGGAGAGCUAGGGCUGGAUAUGCCACAGGUGGAAAGGUUGUGAAGAUGUGGAGCUGGUUUUUCACUGUGGCUGUCCUGCUGUCCUCCAUGAAACGGGCUGAAGCUCAGGGCAGGUGUAAUAAUGUGCAAGCUGCAGAUAUUGUUUUCCUGGUUGAUGGCUCGUCCAGUAUUGGCCGAGCUAACUUCCUGCAGGUGAAGGGCUUUAUGGCCGGAAUCAUCAAGCCUUUUGCCAGCUCUAUCAGUGACUCAGGGAUCCGGUUUGGCGCUAUACAAUACAGCGACACCUCCAGAGUUGAAUUUACAUUUUCUACCUACCUGGUUGACACUGAGCUGGUCAACGCUGUAGAGAAUCUGAACUAUAAGGGUGGAAACACACGCACUGGUGCCGGUCUCAAGUUUGUCGCUGAUAACUUCUUCAAUCCUGCAUCCAGUCGGGAUGUCCCAAAGAUCACAAUCCUGAUCACAGAUGGGAAGUCACAAGACAGCGUGCAGGAACCAGCACAGAAGCUGCGCAGUCAAGGAGUGCAUGUUUUUGGAGUCGGUAUAAAGAGUGCAGACAGGAAUGAACUGUCUGAGAUCUCGUCCCAGCCCAGCAGUGAUUUCACCUCCUUUGUUGGGGACUUUAAGCUGCUGAACACACUUCUUCCUCUUGUGAGCCCCCAAGUGUGUUCCAAAGCAGGAGGUGUCUAUGCUAGUGAUGAGGCGUUUUCUGGUCCGUCCAACAUUCAGUUCACAGCCCAGACGUCUGAUACUCUCAGGUUUCGCUGGAGUGCAGCAGGAGGGCCUUUGAGUGGCUAUGUGGUCCAGUAUGUGCCCCUCUCCGGCCUGGGUCAGCCUAUCACUGCAGAACUGCGUCAGGAGACUCUCUCCGCCAAUCAGAGGACUUUUUCCGCACGAGAGCUGAGGUCAGGAACCGACUACCUGGUGACUAUCAUCGCCCAAUACCCCAACAGUGUGGGGGAGUCUGCUUCUGCCAAGCAACGAACCAGGUCUUUGCCAGGGGUUACCAGUCUACGCCUGGUUCAGGCCGGCUUCUUCUCUCUCUCUGUGGGUUGGGACCAGCCUUCGUCUCCUGUGCAGGGCUACAGACUCACCUAUGGACCACGAGGUCAGCCAGCAGCUCAGCUGUUGGAGCAGUCUCUGUCUGCAGAGUCCACAUCUGUCACCUUGGAGUCACUUCAGCCCGACACAGAGUACGUCGUCAGCCUCUACCCCCUGUUCCCCCGAAACUCCGCAUCCCCGUCCAUCCUCAACGCCCGCACAUUGCGCCUUGAGGCAGUGGAGCAGCUAUCAGUGGAGACGGAGUCAGAGGGCAGUGUUCGUGUGCGUUGGAGGGCCGUCAGCGGUGCGCGGGCCUACCGUCUGGUCUGGGGACCAUUUACAGGUCGAAAUGUGGAGACGGUGGAGGUUACUGAUGAGUUUCACACUUUGUCCAGACUGCAGUCUGACACUGAGUACAUCGUCACCAUCAUCCCGCUGUACGAGGGCAACACUGAGGGCCCUGUAGCAACGGCCAGGUUUAAGAUCGAGCGUCAGGAGCAGCAGGUGCUCAGAGCAGCUACCACCGGCCCCUCCACUAUUCGCCUCACCUGGAGAAUCAUUCAGUCAUCUCGAGGGUACCGCCUGGAGUGGAAGGAGGGGGAAGGAGGCCGUAUCCAGAGCCUGACCUUUCCUAGAACCACUACCAGCUAUGAGCUAACAGGCCUUCAGCCCAACACAGAAUAUAUCAUCACCCUGUACACCCUGUUUGAAGGUCGUGAGGAGGCCACACCUGUCUCCACCACAUCCAGAGAGGAACAGCCAGUGGGGAGGGUGUCCAACCUGAGAGUUGUGGAGUCCCUGGGCAGUACUGUCAGACUCGGCUGGACGGGUGUAGCCGGGGCCACACAGUACCGCAUCAUUAUCCUGAACACAGAAGGGGGAUCGGAGGAGAUCCGGAUUAUCCCUGGAAACCAGACGACCCUUGACCUCAGAGACCUGACAGUGGGAGUGUCUUAUGGUAUCAGUGUCACAGCGCUAGUGGGAGAAAAUGAAGGAGACCCAGUCACUGUCUACAUCAAACCAGAGCAAGGUGCUGGCAGAGUGACUAACCUCAGAGUGACAAACGCAAACAGUCGGAGACUUCGAAUUGCCUGGACAGGUGCUACGGGGGCAACAGGUUACAGGGUUACUUGGAGACAAGGCAACAGUGCAGAGCAGUCCCGUAUUCUGGCGGCUGAGGCCACAUCCUUCACUAUCGACGGCCUUCAGCCAGAUCAAGCGCUGGUAAUUGGUGUUGCAUCUAUGGUUGAUCAACGCGUUGGAGAGGUGGUCACACUGUCUAGUAGGACUAAUCCCAACGGGGGAUCAGUGGCUGGCCUUCGCAUCGUUGACGUCACAGCUCAGAGGAUACGCAUUGCAUGGUCACGUUCUACUCGGGCAACCGGCUAUAAGGUCACUUGGCGCAGUGAUGCUGGAGUUGAAACAACUCGUAAUGUGGCAGCUGACAUCUCUUCAUUCACCAUUGAUGGACUACAGUCAGAUUCAGCCUACAGCGUAUUAGUUUCUUCACUCACUGGCUCUCGAGAGGGAAAUCCUUCCACCCUGACUAUCACAACAGAGUCGGAUCAGUCUGUGGUCGGGACUGUGACGUCACUGCAAGUCCAGGAGGCCCGUGGAGAGGUUGUCCGAGUCACUUGGGUUGGUGUGCAGGGAGCAACGGCUUAUCGUGUGUCAUGGAGGAGAACCGACGGUGGUGAAGAGAAGAGUCAGGUGGUGGGGGGAGAUGUGACAGCAGUGGAUUUAGACCGCUUGGACCCAGGAGCCCAGUACGAGGUGCGGGUCAUGGCUUUAGUACAAAACAGAGAAGGAUCCCCUGUGUCUGUCAGAGUCACCACACCUGGAGCCCCGUCUCCCUCAGUACGUAUCACAACUUUACGGGUGGCGGAGGUUACCCAGAAUGCUGUGCGACUUGGCUGGACUCCACUGCCUGGCGCCACAGGAUAUAUUCUACGCUGGAGAGAUGAGACAGAUAUUGGUCGAGGCUUGUCUGUCACGCUCCCUGCUGCGUCCAGCUCUUACCAGGUGAAUGGGCUGCGUUUGGGUCGUCGUUACCGCUUUACCGUGCAGCCAACCUUUGAAAAUGGAUUGGGAACUGAAAGCUCUGCUGAUGAACGCACUGUGUGUGUGGGUGGGCGUCUCGAUGUGGUGUUUCUGGUGCCGGCAUCUACUGAUCGGAUUAGCCUCGCAAAACCACUGCGCGAACUCCUCACAAGUGCAGCAGGGUCGCUCACUACUAUCGGACCCCGAGACUCUCAGGUGGGAGUUGUAGUAUAUGGUUACAGACCCAAAAUAUGGUUCCUGCUUAAUCGCCAUAGCAGGUCUGACACACUUCUUCAAGAGAUCCAGUCCACACCGUUUGAUGAAACCCCCGGGAAUAACAUUGGUGAGGCGGUGACAUACACCAGGCAGUACCUUCUGACCCCCACAAGUGGACGGAGACCGAGGGUCCCUGGUGUCGUUGUCAUCAUCGCUGACAAACGAUCAGCUGACAACCUGACUCUCGCAGCCAGCAGUCUCAGGGCUACAGGUGUGACAGUGUUAGCAGUGGGUAUAGACCAGGCGAAUACGGAGGAGCUGCGUCGGUCAGUGACGGACGGCAGCACCCAGAACAUGCUGUAUAUCCGUGAUGCAUCGCAGUUUGACACCGUACAUAGUGAACUGGCAGACUUACUUUGUGGCAUUGCCAGAAUACCAGAGGUAGGUCCAGGUCCAGAGCAGUGUAGCGUUCAGUGCCCUCAGGGUGAGAGGGGAGAUCGGGGUGAUAAGGGUGACAGAGGUAGAGAUGCUGCAGAUGGACGCAAGGGAGAUGCUGGUCGUGAUGGUGUGCCUGGGAGGGAAGGCCCCAGAGGACCUGAAGGACGUCCAGGUCCACCAGGCCAAACUAUCCCUAUUGACCCCUCAGGGGGGGGGAAAGGAGAAAAGGGGGAGCGAGGUUUUCCAGGCAUUGAUGGGACUCCAGGGUUGCCAGGACGAUCAGGUUCCCCUGGAAAUGCAGGGCUCCCAGGUAUGCAGGGCCUGCCCGGUGUCAGAGGAGAUCCAGGUGGACUAGGUGGAACUGGGUCACAAGGGUCAAAGGGCGGUAAAGGUGAAAGGGGUGAACCGGGCUCAGCUAUAGGAGGAGGGGGUCUUCCAGGGAGGAAAGGAGAGGCAGGCAUCCCGGGAAUACCGGGUACUCAUGGUCAGCCGGGCAGCGACGGGACCAAAGGUGGCCUCGGCGUUCCGGGGACACCUGGUCAGGAUGGUCGCCCAGGUAUACCAGGAACACCAGGACACUCCAUCAAGGGAGACAAGGGCAGCCUAGGAGAUAGGGGACCUCCAGGAGUUGGCAGCGGGGUGGCUGUGAAGGGCGAGAAGGGCUCCCCAGGUACUCCAGCACUUCCAGGGGCUCAGGGUCUUAGAGGGCCAGCAGGAUCACAGGGCAGCAAGGGAGACAAGGGCGAUGGUGGUGAUGGGGCGCCUGGACCUCCAGGCAGGCAAGGAGAGCCUGGCGACAGGGGUCUCCGUGGCCCUCCAGGAGAAAUCAGUGUCAAGGGUGACCGAGGACAGGGAGGUGAGCCUGGAUCGCAGGGAGACAGGGGGGAGCGAGGACCGGCUGGUGAAACUGGGGAGAGAGGGGACCCAGGGAAGCCGGGCCUCGCAGGAACAUCGGGGUUGAGAGGUUUACCAGGACCCAGUGGAGCGUCAGGAGAAAAGGGAAACGAAGGUGCACGCGGGGAGCCCGGCAGAAGUGCUCCCAGUUUUCCCGGGAAGAAAGGUGAACAGGGGGACCGAGGCCUGUCUGGUUCCGAUGGGUCGAGGGGAGACAAGGGAGAUGCGGGACAGAGAGGAGACAAAGGGUCUCCAGGGUCAGGGGGGUCAGCUGUUGGAUCCAAAGGAGAGCCGGGAGAGAGAGGACUUACUGGUAAUAGUGGAAGGCCGGCUGCCAAGGGGGACGCAGGUGAACCAGGAGAGAGGGGGGAGAAUGGGCGGCCAGGAAUCCCGGGAAAGCCUGGUCUUCCUGGGAAAGAGGGAGGCGGAGGAGAGAAGGGGGAUGAAGGCACACCUGGGGAGUCUGGACUUCCAGGGAAAUCAGGAGAAAGAGGACUGAGGGGACUGGCUGGUCAGUCAGGACGUCUAGGAGAGAAAGGAGACAUGGGAGACCCAGGAGAGCACGGACGAAAUGGCAGCCCUGGACCCGCGGGACUGAGAGGAGAGCAAGGAGAACUGGGACCCGUAGGGCCUCCAGGACCACCAGGGAAAGUGGCUGACGCCCAGGGCCAGCUGAAAGGAGACAGAGGAGAGGCGGGCAUAGCUGGCGACCCAGGAGAGCACGGCGGCAAAGGUCAGAAAGGCGAAGCGGCGACUCCCGGAGCUCCAGGCCUACGAGGUCCUGAGGGACAACGGGGACCUGCAGGCACAAGAGGUGAUGCAGGGGAAAGAGGAGCGCCGGGAGAGAAGGGAGAAAGAGGAACAUCCGGGUUAGAUGGACGUCCUGGUCUAGAUGGUAAACCAGGUGCUGCUGGACCACCUGGUCAGAGGGGGGAUUCUGGGAAACAGGGCGAUCCUGGGAGAGAUGGUUUACCGGGACUUAGAGGGGAGCAGGGCCCCACGGGGCCUGUUGGGCCUCCAGGCACGGCAGGAACACCUGGUAAAGCAGGUGAAGAUGGCAAACUUGGUUCUCCUGGCAAAAUGGGUGAGGAUGGUGUGCCCGGUGAAGAUGGGAGAAAGGGUGACAAAGGAGAAUCAGGAGGAGCUGGAAGAGAUGGUCGGGACGGGCAGAAAGGAGACCGGGGCCUUGCUGGCCUUGUCGGACCCUCUGGCCCUUCGGGGCCUCCUGGAGUACCUGGCAGCAUUGGUCCUCCCGGACAGGUGGUGUACACUAAAGGAGUUCAAGCGACACCAAUCCCAGGCCCGCCGGGGCCUGCAGGAACCCCUGGCGUACCUGGGAUCCCUGGAGCUGUGGGUGGCAGAGGGGAUAGAGGUCCAUCUGGCCUCAAAGGUGACGAUGGGGACCCAGGAGAGGACGGAGCACCGGGCAAACCUGGUACAACAGUGGAUGUACAGAAGGCUCUGGCCAACUUUGGCAUCCAGGUGUCUGAUCUGAAGGCGGUUGUGGACAGGCAGGAUAUACAGCUGGCUCCUCCACCGCAGAAGGCAGUGAAAGGUGAUAAAGGAGACGGCGGUGAACCUGGCCCGAGAGGACCAUCUGGUGCAGAUGGUUCCCGUGGUUUUCAAGGAGAGAGAGGAGGAAAAGGGGAUCAAGGGGAGCGAGGAAUCGUGGGAGCAUCUGGGCCUCCGGGUAGAGCCAUUGGAGAGCGAGGGCCAGGGGGACCUCCGGGGCCCACUGGAGAGUCAGGCAAACCAGGAAUACCGGGAAUUCCUGGUCGAGCUGGGGAACUGGGGGAGGCUGGAAGACCUGGAGAUAAGGGGGAUAGAGCAGAGAAAGGUGACAAAGGAGAAUCUGGUAAAAUUGGGUUAACGGGACAAGCCGGCACACCAGGUCAAAAGGGAGCAUCUGCUGACUCAGUACUGAUUGGUACGACCGGGGUCAGAGGCCCUCCAGGAGUUGUAGGACAGAAGGGAGAACCGGGUGCUGCAGGAUCUCCAGGAGCUCUAGGAGAACGGGGUUUUGCAGGGUCUCGUGGUGAUAAAGGAGACAGAGGACAGUCUGGAGAAAGCGGACGCGAUGGCUCGCAGGGAACACCAGGAGAACCAGGAAAACCUGGUCAGGAUGGGAAACCGGGCAUGCCUGGGUUCCCAGGAGUUCUAGGCAGACCGGGAAACCCAGGAGAGCUUGGUAUGAGGGGGCCAACUGGCCCCAUGGGUCCCAACGGGCUUCCAGGUCCAUCAGGUGUGAAGGGUAUUCAAGGAGAGCCAGGUGUUGGCGUUCAGGGUCCUCCCGGGGCCCAGGGGAGCACAGGUCUGCCAGGACCAUCAGGUCCACCUGGAGCUGUGGGUCCACAGGGCCCUUCAGGACUGUCAGGGCAGGUGGGUCAAGCAGGUAAAUCAGGAGUCCCUGGAAGAGAUGGGGUGCCUGGCAAAGAAGGAACACAUGGAUUACCUGGGAAGCAGGGCAUAGCUGGACCUCCAGGCCUGGCUGGCUUAAAGGGAGAGCAGGGAGACAGCGGUCCUCCAGGGAAGGCUGUGGCUGGACCCCCUGGAGCAAAAGGAGAAAGGGGUCUUAGUGGUCAAACACUGCCCGGCACGGCUGGAGAGAGAGGUCUAUCUGGAGAAAAGGGUAACAGGGGAGACAAAGGUGUUGCUGGAAACAAAGGAGAGAGAGCAGAGGAUGGUGAACCAGGAGAGCCCGGAGAAGAUGGAGCACAGGGGUCUUCUGGGUCAAAAGGAGAUAAGGGAGAGAAGGGCAUAGGGCUGGCAGGUCCUCCUGGUCUGGAUGGGCCUCAAGGUUUAAAGGGAGAUCCAGGCCUUCCAGGUCCAGCUGGGCCUCCUGGGCUACAGGGGAAGUCAGGAAUUGCCGGGCCGCCUGGACUGAGUGGAGAAUCUGGACAACUAGGACCUCCUGGACCACAAGGGGAGAGGGGUCUCCAGGGCUUUGCCGGCCGUACAGGAAAUAGCGGACCCCCGGGUCCUUCUGGACCUCCGGGAGAGGCAGGCUCUCCUGGUACCAACGGUGUAAGGGGGGACAAGGGGGAAGUUGGCAUCGGAGUCCCCGGUCUCAGAGGAGAGAGAGGAGAUUCAGGGCUGAGAGGAGAGGAGGGCCGUGCUGGCUCGGACGGGGAGAGAGGGCCAACGGGUCCCCUCGGCAUUCGUGGUGGUCGAGGAGAGAAGGGGGACAUUGGGCUGCAAGGUGACAAAGGAGAGAAGGGGGACACUGUGCUGGUGGGAGGACCUGCUGGAGAAAAGGGCACCAAAGGAGAAACGAGUGACAGGGGACCCAAAGGUGUGCUGGGAGAAAAAGGGGUGAAGGGUCAAGAGGGCCCUCUAGGGGAGCAGGGUCUGAGGGGAGAGCCGGGAGACAGAGGAUCCAUGGGAUUCCCAGGUGCCCGUGGCCCUGGUGGACAGAAGGGAGAAGCUGGCCUACAUGGAGUACCUGGUGAAUCGGGUUUAUCAGGAAAAGACGGGCUGCUAGGGCAGAAGGGGGAUAAAGGAGAGCUUGGUAUCGUAGGAAUGAGAGGAAUCAAGGGUGACCGAGGACCCAAGGGGGCUUGUGGAAGCGAUGGACCCAAAGGAGUCAAGGGGGAUGCUGGUAUUCAUGGACGAUCAGGCUUACCAGGAAGAAAAGGAGAACAGGGGGAACUCGGACCUUCUGGGGCUUCAGGCGGUCCUGGAAAAGAGGGAAUAGUCGGCCCCAAGGGCGACCGUGGUUUUGACGGGCUUGCAGGACCCAAAGGAACUCAGGGAGAGAAAGGUGAAAGGGGUCCGUCCGGCGUACCUGGUCCCCCUGGGCCCAGAGGAGUGGAUGGGGUCCUUGGACUGACUGGCGCUCAGGGAACAUCUGGUGCUAAAGGCCCAGAGGGGCUUCAGGGACAGAAGGGAGAGAGAGGUCCAAUCGGGCCCUCCAUGGUUGGUCCACGUGGUAUCCCAGGGAUCCCGGGGGAGCGAGGAGAGUCGGGAGAGUUGGGCCCAGAUGGAGCCAAGGGAGACAGAGGAGAGCCAGGCAUGACGGAGUAUGAGGUCAGAGAGUACGUUCGCUCAGAGAUGAGUCAGCACUGUGCGUGUGGAGGUUCAGGCCCAGUAAAUCGGUCCCAGCCCCCGGUCAGGGCUCGGCCUGCACCAGAGCAGCAACUGGUCCUGAAGGGUGAGGAGGGCCGUGAGCUGCGCGUGGUGGUGAACACCAAUGACCCGGACUAUGAGCACAUCUACUCCAUCGAGUCCUACGACGACCCCUUGGACGAGCUGCUCUACUUCACUCCCUCUGCCAACCAGAGCGAUGGUGAGGUUGUCAAGGAUAAAACUGACGAAACAGUCAAAGUUGAACCAAACAAAUCAGCCACAUCUGACGUUAAGAAAACAGCAAGAGUUGAUGGUCAGAAAAAAGCCAAAGUUACACUUCUGAAAGCAGUCAAUUCCAGAUCAGUCAGGUCCAAGAGGAGUGUCAAAGGGGAAGCUCCAGCAGACCUGUGCCUGCUGCCCAUGGAGGAGGGGAGCUGUGGACGAUACACUCUGCGGUAUUACUUUAACAGUCAGGUUCAGGCCUGCAGGCCCUUCAUCUACAGUGGAUGUGAAGGAAACGACAACCGUUUCCUCCAUCUAGAGGAGUGUGAGGAGCUCUGCUCUGGGGAGGCCGAAGGUCCUCGUCCCUUGAAGACAGCACGAUGAUUGAGGACAAAUCCUCCUCAGCCACUGGAAUGUUAGCCUUUUAUAUAGCUUUUAUAGAUCAUUAUUUUGUCAAAUGUCAAUGUUCAAGAUUUGUUUUUGUUUAUUUAUUGUUUCUGGAAACCCAACCAAACCUAAGAUUUAAUAGAGGAUACCAGAGUGCCACCCUGCUUUAUGUUCUCCAAACCAUGCAACAACAAACAAAGCCAAAAUAGUGUUUAUUAGGUUAAAAAAUACUUUUCUUUUUAUGCAGUAGUACAUUUGUACACUGAAGAAGAGUGUCUUUGCUUUCAUCCUGAUUUCUCAGUUUAAAUACUUUCAGUACUUUUAUCCAUUUCAUGUUGCGCAUACAUAAUAAGACUUAUGUCUGCAUACAGAAGAGUGGACAAAUGACCUGACUCACCUCUCAGUUUAAUGCAAUAAUCCUUAAGUAAGUGCCAAUGUGGUGAAGUUUCUUUAGCUCAAUGGUCUUUUUUGAGGCUGUGGUUUGUAGUGUUGCUCACUCACUAUGUGUGUUUACAUGGAGCCUGUCACUCCGCUUAUCAUUGGAAAAAGAAAAGUCAAAGAAAUGUCUUUCUGUGUGGAAAUUAUUGUUAAAUCUGUCACAAUAAUUGCAUAUUUUACAAACGAAAACACUCUUUCCACACGUUCUACACUACUGUUUCCCAUUGUUUGGUAUUCACCAGCACUUUGUUCCACUUUUUCAAAAGAUGCAUAUAUUUUUCGGAGUAUUUUCUGAUAUAGAAUACAAAGAGUAUUACAAAUCCACAGCUGUAAGCAAAGCACUUGAGGCAGGUUCAUUUUAUUUGUGCAGUUAUUGAUCGGCUUGAUUACAUUAAGAAAGAAAAAAAGGUCUACAUGUGACCAGCGUUCCCCUUUGCUAAUGAAGGUUUCUUACGUUAGGUCUUAUGUCUUUUUGAUUUGAUUCUGAUGCACCAUCAUUGCAAGCUGCAACAAUCUAGGCCUGUUUUCUACCUCUGAGCCUCCUAAAAAAUGUUGCCUUCAAAAAUUGAUGUACUUGAUCUUUUAUCAAAGAAGAAGAUUUCCACCCCCCUCCAAGCCUUGAAAGUGCUCUAACGGCAAGUCACCUAAUAUUGUAUAUGCAGUAAAUGAAAAGGACUUUUACUUCCAGAACCCUUGGAAAUAACUCCUCACACUUCUCUACAUGAUAGCUAUGCAGCUCAUCUAUAUUGGGUUAUUAUUAUGGAUAUAAUUUUAUCAUUUGUAUUAAAUAUGAAGAAUCAUGCACAAUAUUAUGCCCAUAUUUUGUACAUAAUGUAUUUUAUUGUUUGGGGGAAGUUGUGUUUCUGAUCAAGAUUGCAUGUUUACCUGCCAGAGAGAAGGUGCUAUUUGUUAAAGGUAUUUUUAUACUGUGUUUUGAAGAUGUGUUUUUGUGGUGCAAACCUUUCUUUAGUCUUAUAUAACUUUUUAAAAGGCCUUUCUAAUAAACUAAA